AUGAGCGCAGACUCACUGCUGCCCAUCGCCCCUGCGAGGGUCAAGGCACUGGUCCUCCCUCUCGGCCAAAUCAAGGCAGCCCGAUUCGCCUCCUUUCUCGAGAGGCUUCACGCCGAACAUGUCGUCCACCUCCGCGAUGUUGGCGCCGACAAGCGCCCAGACAGAAACAUGUUCUCCCCGCUCGCUUUCCCCGACGGAGCCGUCUUCUACGAGCUGACCACCCACGCCCCGCCCCCUUCGCAUCUUGCUUUGCUGCCCUUCGACCUCUACAGGGAACCGCUCGUCGUGGUGGCUAUCGCGGAUGGGACCGAGCUCGAGAAUGCCGCUUUCAACAGACGACAGUCCGGCGCGACCACGGUUGCGGAGAGAAACAUGAAUAUGUUGUACGAAGGCCUCGUGGACCUGAGAGAAACCUAUUCAAAAGCCAUCGUCCACCAUGUCCUGCUGUUCGACUACGUUCACCCGGAUGAACACUCGAUUCCCCUCUCAGAGGGCAUUAUUCAAAUACCGCCUCCCGCACAAUGCAAAAGAACCACCAUGAGGACCGUCAUGUGCGACAUAACGUCCCUGUUGCUGGGCGAAAUGACCUCUUUGGCCAAGUCCUUUGAAGCAUUUCCAUACAUCGAGUCACCAGGCCAAAACACCAGCCCGGCGAACGGCGUGGACCCUGCCAACGCCGAAAAGCGACGGAACUCACAGUUUGCGCUGCCCAUCGGCCGUUCAGCCUCGGCCAGCGGCGCCCUCGACCGCAACCAAGCCCGCAUGUCGAUGCCAGCACCCUUCAAGGGCUCCCCUAUGGGCUUUUCCUCGGCCAGCUCAACUCCGGGCCGGCCGUCCACUCCGGUCAAGAGUGGGCUGGCGAAUCCGCCGACCACAUUCGAUGACAUUCCCGCCGCAUUAGAGCCUACGCCCGGGAGCCCGGAGUCAAAGGCCCCUGGUCGGCCCGGUAACACUGCGGGGAGUCGCAGCGCAAGCCAAGACCGGAUAUCUGUGCAUGGCUUCGGAUCUGGAGGCGUCAACGAGCGAUGGCGCAACAAGGGCAGGGCCAGGGUCACAAUUCUCUUAGCUUCAAUGUACCUUCAGGCAGGCCGAUGGACGGACUCGCUCAAGGAAGCUGUCGACGGUGCCACCGUUGCCAAGUCGAUUAAUGAUCAUCUUUGGCACGGCAAAGCCCUUGAGAUCAUCGUUGUCAGUCUGCUUCUGCUGAGUUUCGCUGGGGUCGAAUUCCAGGUCCCGCAGAUUUGCAUUACACCGCCAGAAAAGGGGGCAUCAAAUGGUGUGCAGGAGGAGAACGUGGAUCCUAAUCAGCCAAAGUACCUUCGCCAGUUCCAGACGACCCUCCCGGACUUGCUCGACAGAAUACUUGCUCUCUAUUCUAGGAUCUCAGCAGAGCACCUACCAGCUCUGCCUAUGUCCGAGGUCAUCAUUAGAUUUUGCAGGAUAUUGGCAGCGCUCCACGUCGCAGACGGCAAGCUUGGCGGUCAGUCUCUGGACAUGAUGAUCUUUGGCACGGUUCCCGACAAGCCUCUCACAACAUCUCCGAGACUCACCGUCACCCCGCCUCGGACACUCAUCGUGAACAUACUAAUGCGUGCGUUCCCGGGGCCUGGGUCUGAGCUGUUGACCACGCCUGACCGCGCUAUGAUUCUGAGCGGCAUCGCGUCUGUUUUGGGGCUUCUUGGAUAUCAGAGAAAGAAGGCCAUGGUGAUACGCGAAUUGAUAUCGGUGGUCAUAGGAGGACUGGUCGAUGCACGCACUCGCGGAGCCGCGGAGGUUGGGAUUCAUCCGGCUGCAGGGCUCGUGUCUUUGAACAACCUCAAUGGCCAGUCCAAAGGCGGCGUCCUACAGCUCGCAGAGAGUGACAUCGAAUCCGGCAUUGACUCGUUCCUGCAACUAAUUAUGAAAACAUAUGGCACAGUGGCAUUCGACAUGCCUGUUGGUACAGAUACUGCCACAGACGACGGAAUAGUCGACGAGGACUCGGACGCAGCGUGCCUUAGACGGAUACAAAAGCAAGGCGCGGCUCGCUUGUACGGUAUGCGGCAGCUUAAGCUGAAUAUCCUGAGGGCUUGCAUCAACUUUUCCGAGGCGUUGCCCGACUUUGCGGGCGUUCUCAAAUUCUCCAGUGAUCUCAUGCGGACAGCCGGCAGCGGUAUUGCGCCUGGCCCUCGCCAAGAAGACGCUGCGCCGCGAAUAUCCGUCGAGGAGCAAGUUCGGCUCGUGACCAACAUCUCAAAGACACACGGCCUGACAGAGAGGAUAGGACUGGGUCACAUGGAGGCAGAAUACUGGGAUGAGUUCCUCCUCAGAGGCGUUAAACUCGACCCCAUGCCUAUUACUCGCACUCCCAUAGAGCAUGCAAAGACUGAGCUGCCCGGAUUCUCAACAACCAGGACGUCUCAAGAUGUCAACCCGUUUAUACAUAAUCCGUUUCAAAAGCUGCCUGACAAGGUGGCCAUGGUCAGCAACCUUAUCGCUGGAGAACCAGCAACUUUCAAACUGACAUUACAAAAUCCGUACGACACCGAAAUAGACAUUGUGAGCGCUCGGCUAGCCACCGAGGGAGUCGAGUUCGAGUCCAACGUGGAGAAGGUCGUGGUCGGGGCAUAUCGGACACAGUCAAUGCGAGUCACCGGCACACCCAAAGGCUCUGGCUCACUACGUGUCACGGGGGCGAUCAUUCGCGUACGAGGAUGUAGAGAGAGGAGAUUCCCCAUUUUUUCGGAGUCUUGGUCUCUGGAUUCUGAAGUCAAGGUGAAGGCCGUCGGCCUCGAGGCGUUCGAUUAUAAUAUGUCCCUUCCGGUGCCAUACCACCCAUUACCGAAACCGCAUCAGAUGGAGUUGAAUGUUAUUUCACAACAGCCUGUGGUGGUCGUCAAGUCGACGACUCUACCUCAGUCCUCGGUCAUGAUAUUGGAAGGGGAGCGUCAAACAUUCUCGGUGACGCUUCAGAAUCUCUCAAGCACGCCGGCUGACUUCCUUCUCUUCUCGUUCCAAGACUCCACGCAAGAACCUCUUCAAGCGGCACUGAGCAACCGCGAUGCUACACCGGCAGAACUUUAUGAGUACGAACUUAUACUGGCCAAGAAACAAGCCCUGCGCCUUUCAAAGGCAGUCGGGAAAAGAUACAUCGCUCCUGGUGACACGGCAACGUUUGAGUUUGAGAUACUCGGCAAGCCAGGCUUAACAAAUGCAAAUGUUCAAAUCGACUACGCUCACUUCGGGGUGCCGCCCGAAGAAGUCGAGCAAAAGUUUUUCACACGCCAGGUGUCGCUGAACAUGACAGUCACCGUCAAUGCCAGCGUCGAGAUCGCGCGCAUGGAUGUACUUCCUCUUCACGGAAGUAUACCACAGCCACUGUGGGCAAGGACAAGCAAGAGCAGUGGACAAAGCCACGUGCUCACUUCAGACAAGUAUUGCCUGCUGCUGCUUGAUCUACGCAAUGCCUGGCCAAGCAAUAUGAUUGCACACCUUGAAGUUGAAGAUGGCAGCAUCAUUGAGGAGCACAUUCUACCCGGCAAUACGAGUCGCGUCAUUGUGCCAGUGAAGAGGAUAUACCUCGAAGACCCUCACGCAUCAGUCCCAGCACUGAAUCCGUCGCGGCAGCGGCAAUUUGUCGUUAGCACAAGCCAUAUCUCCCCAGAUGUUGAGCGGGCCAACCGUGAGGCCUUCUGGUACCGGGAGAAGAUCCUUGACACCAUUAAGGGUACGUGGAAGACGACUAGCAGACCUACUCGCACAGGCACCAUUGAGCUUCGCAGUAUGCGUCUCACCCCGCGGAUGAUCGAGGCAGUCAAGGUGGACGAGAUAGGUAUCGAGGUCUCGGUCGAAGACCCCUCGUCCUCAGCGACACUAGCGUCGGACGCCACGAGGAUGAAGGCGCAGCGCAUCUCAAAGAACGCGGUCUGCGUCGACGACUUUGUACAGAUACGCGUGCACAUCACCAACCGAACCGAGGUGCCCAUCUACCCCACUUUACGGCUGAUGCCCGCGCUGUGCCACAGACCACUGAAUGUCGCGCUCGACUACACGCGCAAGCUAGGUUGGAACGGGACGCUGCAGCAAUUCCUCCCUGUCCUCAAGGGCAAGCAGAGCACAGACGUCGUCGUCGGCAUGACGGCACUGUGCCGGGGCGAGUUUGAGAUCACGGCCAGCGUGGAGGAGACGCAGAUCUGGCGGCCCACCACGGACGAGGAGAAGCGGCGCGAGUCCGCACGCGGCAGCCGGCUCGGCGCCGACGGCAGACCCAGGUCCGCGACGCAGGAGCUGCAUGACCUAGUGCUCGGUGUCAGGGAGAGGAGGAUCUGGCACUCGAGGCAGCCUUGCCACCUCGUUGUACGGGACCAGGAGUAG